AUCACAAUACCCCUUGGAAAUUACUAUCGCUUCAACUAGUGAUUAGAAGUGAGCUUAAUUGAAAUCCUAACGCGCUAAACGGGCACUCAGUGACCGUUCAGGAUGAAGCUGGUUUUGGUACUUGUGGUGUUGACAAAUGCUCUAUUCUUUGUGAGUUGUCAGAACGAUGGUCGAUACAGACCUCCCACGACGACUACGAGAAGACCUGUAUACAGAACAUAUCGUCCAUUUGAUCCGUUUAGUCGAAACCGUGGGGCAAACGAUGGUCGUUAUACUGGCGGAAAUGAUGGUCGCUAUCGUGCUCGUAAUGACGGUCGAUACUACGGUGGAAAUGAUGGACGAUACGUCCACGUAGAUGUUAAGUACCAGCAUACUGGCGAUGGCGAUCGUGGCAAGUACAGUCACAUAGGAGGUCCUUCUGGAUCCGGAGCAGGAAAUCUUGGUGGAUUCGGAGAUGGCUUCGGAUCUAAUGGAGGUGGUGAUCGGGAUGGCACUGGAGAUGGCCAAGUCGUACCUGCCGCUCCUGCUCCGGCACCGGUUCCUGUCCUGGUGCCUACCACUUCAGCUCCUACCUCACCUCGUCGGCCUACAGUGCAAGUGGCAUCAGGUCCAUCUGGUGACGGGUGGAAAAUCAUCCAUCUGGACAAUCGGAUGCGUCCUGAUGGAUAUAAUUAUCUUUUUGAAACGGAAAACGGCAUCAAUGCAGAGGAAUCGGGACGCAUCGAAACAACUGCUGAUGGUGGUGAAGGGCUGAGAUCGACUGGCUUCUAUCAAUACGUGGGCGAUGACGGACAAGUCUACCGGGUGGAUUACGUUGCGGAUAGCAAUGGGUUCGUGCCGCAAGGCGAUCAUAUCCCUAAGACUCCCCCCGCAAUCGAAAAGCUACUUCAGUACCUGGCUAGUCAACCGAAGCAGUAACAUUUGCAUUUCACACUGAUCGCAGCUACCAGAAGCUUGAAUAAGUUUAAUGAUGAAUUAUAACAGUUUACAAGCUUCGCGAAAAA